AUGACUUCCCGACUCGACCGCCUGGUCACUUUACUUGAGACCGGCAGUACCCAGUUAAUCCGGAAUACAGCAGCACAGCAGUUGGCUGAUGUACAGAAACAACAUCCCGAUGAGCUCUUCAACCUUUUGGGUCGCAUUCUGCCAUAUCUGCGAUCCAAAUCCUGGGAUACCAGAACUGCCGCGGCGCGAGCUAUCGGUUUGAUCGUUGCAAAUGCCGAACUUUUUGACCCCAAUGAAGAUGACGGCCUGCAGAUUAAGUCUGCCGCUGACGAUGAAGAUGUGGAAAUCAAGUCCGAAGUCAAAGGUGAGGAGACUCUCAUCUCAGUAGAUGACUUCCUUCGCCUUGACAUGCUCGAUAUCGGGUCUAUCUUGAAGUACGGAAAGCGACUGCUUGGAAGUGCCGGCAAGGAGUAUGAAUACUCACUAGCAGCAAUGGAUCCGGCUGCGCGCCUUCAGCAUCAGAAGAAGACACUGAUGGGUCGCCUUGGCCUUGCUGGAGAGUACUUCGAAGAUGACCUACUUGAUGCUAUUGAAACCAUUCCCAAACUCUCAACCCCUGCUCCGAAGCGAGAAUCUACAACAUCUCUUAUGCGGGACAACAAUCUGCCGGAUGUGGCAUCGGGGCGUAUUGCGUCACCGGAUGCCAACGCAGACGAAUCAGGCCUUAGCAGACGACAAUUGAAUCAACUCAAACGCAAGAACAAACAAAACGCAAAGAUGGGCGCCAACAAAGUUCGUGUGGUGGACUUAUCCUCCCGUCGACCCUCGGAAAAUGUCUCCACCCCCGUCACUCCUCACCCUAUCAAGGCUGAGAACGGCGAUGACCAGAAUGGGGAAAGCAAGCCUGACUAUUUCUCUCUUGAAAGAGCCGCCGACGAUGACGACUCCAAGAUUGUCGCAGAAUUCAAAGGACCAAUUGCACCAGAACGACCGAUAAUCCAGCCUGAAUUCGUGGACCAAGGAUCCGGGUGGCCUUUGGAAUGCAUGUGUGAGUUCUUGACUAUCGACAUCUUUGAUUCGAAUUGGGAGGUUCGUCAUGGUGCUGCAAUGGCUCUUCGAGAGGUCAUCAGGGUUCAAGGCGCUGCAGCUGGUCGCAUGGAAGGCAAGACUCGGGCCGAAAAUGAUGCAUUGAAUCGUAAAUGGCUGGAUGACCUGGCCUGCCGACUGCUUUGUGUUCUAAUGCUCGACCGAUUUGGCGACUACAUCUCCGACAACGUGGUUGCUCCUAUUCGUGAAACCGUUGGCCAGACCCUUGGUGCUCUGUUAUCUCAUCUACCGCCAAAGUCCGUUCGAUCGGUAUACCGAGCUCUUUACCGGAUCAUCAUGCAAACAGACCUUGGACUUGAUCGACCAGUAUGGGAAGUUUGCCAUGGUGGUAUGAUUGGUUUACGGUAUCUUGUUGCCAUUCGAAAGGAUCUCCUUAUCACGGAUUGCGUCAUGAUGGACGGCGUGCUUGAAGCAGUUAUGAAGGGUCUUGCAGACUUCGAUGAUGAUGUGCGUGCCGUUAGUGCUGCUACACUCGUACCAAUCGCAGAGGAGUUCGUAUCAUCACGGGCCGGCAGCCUUGGAUCUUUGAUGAAUAUUGUCUGGGAUUGUCUGUCUAACUUGCAAGACGACCUCAGUGCUAGUACAGGAUCAGUGAUGGACCUCCUUGCCAAGCUAUGUACUUUCACUCAAGUACUCGAUGCCAUGAAAGCAAACGCCGCACAUGACCCUGACGCCUCAUUUGGCAAGCUGGUCCCUCGUCUCUACCCUUUCUUGCGCCAUACCAUUACGAGUGUUCGUUCGGCAGUUCUUCGAGCUCUUAUGACCUUCCUGAAACUCGAAGGAGAGGGCAGUACAGACUGGGUCGACGGCAAAGCCCUGCGUCUGAUUUUCCAAAAUCUGCUCGUAGAGCGCAACGAAGGUGUUAUCAAACUUUCUCUUCAAGUCUGGUCUGAGCUGCUGAAAGCUGCCAAGGGUCAUGGAUUGUUCAAGAGCGACGUUGAACUUUCCCCAUCUGUUGCGCCUCUUGUCACCCUUACACUUGGCGCCUUUGGUGUUCCUCGGAGCCUCAUUCCAAUCAAUGCAACUCUCUUCAUCAAACCUUCUGGACUUCCCUUCGCCAUUGCCGCUCCACCCCCGGCCAAGGUGUCACCUCCUGCCACUUCUGGUACAGAACCUGCAAAGCCUGGCCGAAGACGCAAGUCGGAAAAGAAGGAAAUGCCAGCUCCUUCCACCCACAAUGUGGAUGGGCAUAUGUUGUCUGGGGACAUCGAACUCGUUGGCACUGACACUAUGCUGCGAUCAAAGAUCUAUGCGGCAAGAGCUCUGGGAGAAUUGAUUUCCGUAUGGGAUCAGCAUGAGCUCCCGAGUCUCUGGUCUACGAUCUUGGAAGGUCUCAACAUCCCGGCUUCUACAUCACAGCUUUCUGCCGCCAUGGUCAUUGAGGAGUAUGCUCGCUUCGCCGGACAGGAGAGCAAGUAUGUUUCACUUCUCACUGAGAAGCUCCGCCCAAUUAUGGAAACCGACCGUCCAUCCUGGUACUCCGAUAUCGCCAGCUACCUCACAGUCGCUCGCGCCCACUGCCAUUCAUUAUUGAGCAUUUUCAGAGAUCAUGCACAUGUCCCUCCAUCCCGGUUGCCAACUUUGGCUGUCGUUGUGCAGGGUGACCCUGAAGCCGGCCCUAAUGCAUUCUCACUUGCGGAUGCCCAGAAGCUUGUGGGCCCUGACUUCGACCGUUUGAAGAAGAACCUGACGCCCGCACAGCGUAUUACUGCUACUCAAGUGUUGACUGAUACUCGUGAUACCGCGCAAAUAGCUGUUGAUGACGCCUGUGAAAUCAAAGAGCAACGUGAUAUGCGGGUUUUGGCAGCUGCCGCCGGUGCACUGGUCGCUUUGCGGGACAUUCCCAAACGGCCUGGUCAUAUCAUCAAGGGCAUGAUGGACAGUGUGAAAAAGGAAGAGAAUGUUGAAGUUCAACAGCGCUCAGCAACUGCUGUGGCUAGCCUUAUCGAACACUACACUUCCGCGACGAAACGUGGACCGGUUGACAAGAUCAUUGGAAACCUUGUCAAGUAUUGCUGUGUUGAUACCUCUGAAACUCCCGAGUUCCCCCAUAACGCUCAGCUGGAAAAAUCAAUCUUGUCUUUGCGCAAGGAGGAAGACCGACGAGAACAUCCCGAUGCUGCCAAGUUUGAACGUGAGGCUAAGGAGGCCCGUAUCAUGCGUCGUGGUGCCAAGGAUGCUCUAGAACAGCUGACCGUCAAAUUCGGCGAUCAACUUUUAGAAAAGGUGCCAAACCUUGCAACAUUGGUCGAGCGACCAUUGCAAGACGCUCUGACAGGCGACUUGCCAGAAGACAUCACAAACCCCGAGAAUGAGCUUGGUCAGGAAGUUGUUGAUGGCUUGUCCACUCUCCGUGCCCUCCUCCCUAAGUUUCAUUCUGGCCUUUACCCCUGGGUCUUGCGUCUUAUGCCUAUCAUUGCCAAGGCUUUGCAAUGCCGCCUGUCAGUGAUCCGCUACGCAGCUGCCAAGUGUUUUGCUACGAUCUGCAGCGUGAUGACCGUGGAAGGCAUGACAAUGUUGGUGGAGAAGGUUCUUCCGACCAUCAAUCGCGCCUUGGAUGUCCAUCAUCGCCAGGGUGCCAUCGAGUGUAUCUACCAUCUUAUCCACGUUAUGGAGGAUGGCAUUCUUCCCUACGUCAUUUUCCUUGUCGUUCCUGUCCUUGGUCGCAUGAGUGACUCUGACAAUGAAGUUCGUCUGCUGGCAACUACUUCCUUUGCUACAUUGGUGAAGCUUGUGCCUCUGGAGGCCGGUAUUCCUGACCCUCCCGGCUUCUCUGAAGAGUUGCUCAAGGGCCGUGACCGAGAGAGAAAGUUCAUGUCACAGAUGCUAGAUGUUCGCAAGGUUGAGGAGUUCAAGAUUCCCGUUGCAAUCAAGGCCGAGCUUCGCCCUUACCAACAAGACGGUGUGAACUGGCUUGCUUUCCUCAACCGAUACAACCUUCACGGUAUUCUUUGCGAUGACAUGGGUCUUGGAAAGACACUUCAAACCAUUUGCAUUGUCGCUAGUGACCAUCACAUGCGUGCUGAGGAGUUUGCUAAAAGCCAGGCCCCGGACUCUCGCAAGCUUCCCUCCUUGAUUAUCUGCCCUCCUUCUCUGUCUGGUCACUGGCAGCAAGAGGUCAAGCAGUAUGCUCCUUUCCUGAAAUGCAUCGCCUACGUCGGCCCGCCAGCAGAGCGAUCGAGACUGCAACCUCAGCUUGCCACGUCUGAUGUGAUUGUUACGUCUUACGAUGUGUGCAGAAAUGACAAUGAACUCCUGAACACCAUCAACUGGAACUACUGUGUGCUUGACGAGGGUCAUUUGAUCAAGAACCCGAAAGCCAAGAUCACAAUUUCUGUCAAGAAGCUGUUGAGCAACCACCGCCUAAUUCUUUCAGGUACUCCUAUUCAGAACAAUGUCCUUGAGCUGUGGUCGCUUUUCGACUUCCUUAUGCCUGGAUUUCUUGGUACGGAGAAGGUUUUCCUGGACCGGUUUGCCAAGCCAAUCGCCGCAAGUCGCUUCAGUAAGUCUUCAUCGAAGGAGCAAGAAGCUGGUGCUCUGGCAAUUGAAGCCCUGCAUAAGCAAGUAUUGCCCUUCCUCCUUCGUCGCUUGAAGGAAGAGGUCCUGAACGAUCUGCCUCCCAAGAUUAUUCAGAACUACUACUGUGACCCCAGUGAACUUCAAAAGAAGCUUUUCGAAGACUUCUCAAAGAAAGAACAGAAGGAGCUCCAGGACAAGGUUGGCAGUGCUGAUCGUUCCGACAAGGAACACAUCUUCCAAGCCCUGCAAUACAUGCGCCGUCUUUGCAACUCGCCAGCUCUGGUAGUUAAGGAUGGCCACAAGCAAUACAACGAAGUUCAGACCUAUUUGAAUGCCAAGCGAUCCAACAUCCGUGAUGUCUCGCAUGCACCGAAAUUGACUGCACUACGUGACCUGCUGAUUGACUGUGGUAUUGGUCUUGACAACCCAGCUGAGGGUGAGCUUGAUACCGGCGCCAGCUAUGUCAGCCCUCACCGUGCCCUUGUCUUCUGUCAAAUGAAGGAGAUGCUUGACAUUGUUCAGAACGACGUGCUUAAGAAAUUGUUACCAUCCGUUCAAUUCUUGCGCUUGGACGGUGGUGUGGAGGCUACUAAGCGUCAAGAUAUUGUCAAUCGUUUCAACACCGACCCAAGUUAUGACGUGCUGCUUCUGACCACUAGUGUUGGUGGUCUAGGCCUGAACCUUACAGGAGCAGACACUGUCAUCUUCGUCGAGCAUGACUGGAACCCACAGAAGGAUAUCCAGGCUAUGGAUCGUGCUCACCGAAUUGGUCAGAAGAAGGUUGUCAAUGUGUACCGCCUGAUCACCAGAGGUACUCUGGAAGAGAAGAUCUUGAAUUUGCAACGAUUCAAGAUCGACGUCGCUUCUACAGUGGUCAAUCAACAAAACGCCGGACUUGGCACGAUGGAUACAGAUCAACUUCUUGAUCUCUUCAAUUUGGGCGAAACAGCGGACACAGCAGAAAAACCAGGCGACCAAACUGGCAAUGAAGUUGACAUGGUCGACAUUGAUGGUGAAGUUAAGGAGAAGGGAAAGAAGGGCUGGCUGGAUGAUCUGGGCGAACUUUGGGACGACCGUCAAUACCAAGAAGAAUAUAACCUGGAUUCUUUCUUGGAGACAAUGAAAAACUGA